GUGUUUGCCACUUGGCAACGUGCGCAUUGACCUACGGGUGCUUAUAUAGCUAGGCAAAGUGAGUUUAAGGAUCUUUCAUUCAUAGUUUUUGUCUCUAAUUCCUUCUCUACAUUCGUUUAUCAAUUUUUUCAUUCUUUUUUCUUCAAUUCUAAGUUGUUGCAGAUAAUCCUCUAAAGAAAAAAAAAUUCUCCAAACUCCAAUGUGGUUCAAAUGGACAUAGAUUAAAAUUAUGUUAAAGUAUUUUAUUGGGUAGCAGUAACACAUUAACCAAGGAGGUUUGGUAGUAUGUCUGUAUAUGGGUAAUGGUUGAUGGAAUUUUAGGCCGAAUACGUAUAAUCAUCAUUAUGACUUUAGGCAGACAAGAUGAGUGAGGAAGCUGCAACCGAGACUGGAUCAUCAUCUGUGAAGCGUACAACUCCAAAGUUGAAUGAGAGAAUUCUUUCAUCCCUAUCAAGGAGAUCUGUAGCUGCUCACCCAUGGCAUGAUCUUGAGAUUGGACCUGGAGCUCCUUCAGUUGUGAAUGCAGUUGUUGAGAUCACUAAAGGAAGCAAGGUCAAGUAUGAACUUGACAAAAAGACAGGAAUGAUCAAGGUCGAUCGUGUUUUAUAUUCAUCAGUUGUUUAUCCUCACAAUUACGGUUUCAUUCCCCGCACACUAUGUGAAGACAAUGAUCCAUUAGAUGUUUUAAUCCUCAUGCAGGAACCAGUUCUUCCUGGUUGUUUCCUCCGAAUUAGGGCGAUUGGACUCAUGCCGAUGAUUGAUCAGGGAGAGAAGGAUGAUAAGAUCAUCGCAGUUUGUGCGGAUGAUCCAGAAUACCGUCAUUACACUGAUAUUAAACAACUUGCUCCUCAUCGUCUAGCUGAGAUUCGUCGAUUCUUUGAAGAUUACAAGAAGAAUGAAAACAAGGAGGUUGCUGUCAACGAUUUCCUGCCUUCUGCUACUGCUCAUGAAGCCAUUCAGUACUCUAUGGAUCUCUAUGCCGAAUAUAUCAUGAUGAGCUUGAGGAGAUAAACACGCAGUUUUACGUAAUGAUAUGCGUACUGUUUAUCUUUAGUAAUUUGCUGAUUGGCACGACGAGGGAUGAUACAGUGCUUGAAGAAUUUCUAUUUCUAUUUUUAUUUUUUUUUGUAUUGAUUUUUCAUUGUUAAAAACUGUUCCAAGAUGAGGAAAUUGUCUGAUUUUACUUUGUUUUUUUCCCGCUCAAGUUGGUUUAUUUUAAUUUUUGAGCUUGGGUUCCUUGAGUUUAUCAAAGUUACAUUUUUGUUACCUUAUGAUAUGUUAAUUUUUUUAAUAAGAAAAUGAAGCUUAAACAGAGCUUCUACUGUAA